AUGGGCUCAUUACAGAUUGAAGAAGUAGAUGUGCUACUAGUGGGAGCUGGAUUUGGCUCUUUUACUAUGCUGAAUAAGCUUCGGAAGCAAGGACUCAAUUGUAAGAUUUACGAGAAAGGUUCGAAGAGUGGAGGUAUCUGGUACUGGAAUUGUUAUCCUGGCGCUCGAGUCGAUUCUGAUGCCCCAAUUUAUCAAUUAUUCGACAAAGAGUUAUGGGAGGACUUUACAUUCAAAGAGAAAUUUCCCGGUGGCAGCGAGAUUCGUCGAUACUUUGAACACGUUGAAAAGAAAUGGGAUGUUCGGAAAGACCUUGAGUUCGACAAGCAUGUCGACGGAGCUACCUUCGACAAACAACGCAAUCAAUGGCUUGUGGAAUGCUCAGAUGGCUCCGAGAUUUAUUGCCGAUGGUUUAUACCCUGUAUAGGAUUUGCAUCUCGUCGUUUCACUCCCCCAUUUAACGGACUUAGUAAUUUCAAAGGGGACAUAUAUCAUACAGCGACAUGGCCUCAACAUGGUGUUAACCUAAAGAACAAACGAGUUGGUCAAAUCGGUACUGGAGCGACUGGUAUCCAGGUGAUACAAACCAUUGGACCCGUUGUUAAUCAUCUUACCGUCUACCAACGAACACCCAACUACGCCUUACCCAUGAAUCAAGGACUUCUUGACCCAGAAGAAGAGGCCAGAAAGAAGGCCGAGGGCAAGUAUGAAGAAGAAUUUGAGAAAACACGACAUACAUUCGCUGGUUUCCCAUAUACCUUUUUAGAAAAAAACACCUUCGAUGAUACGCCAGAAGAACGUGAAGCUACCUUCCAUGACCUACUGAUCAAAAAGGGCGGUUUUCGUUUCUGGCUUAACAAUUACAAAGACAUACUUUUUGAGCAAGAUGCCAAUAACGAAGCCUACAACUUUUGGCGCAAAUCAGUGCUCAAAAGAAUUCCCGACCCCAAAAAACAGAAGCUCUUGGCACCAGAGAUUCCACCUCAUCCAUGGGGAACCAAACGCCCUUCUCUAGAACAAAAUAUUUAUGAAGUUUUCUCUCUGCCACACAUUGACAUUAUCGACAUAAACGAAUCGCCCAUCUUAGAAGUCAGCGAAAAGGGAAUCAAAACCAAAGAAGGAGAAGUAGAAUUCGACGUUUUAAUUCUCGCCACAGGUUUCGACUCCUGUACUGGAUCGCUGGCUCAACUCAAUAUUCAAGGCAUAGAUGGUAGUACCAUUGCCCAGAAAUGGAAAGAUGGAACACGUACAUCUAUGGGUAUUGCAAUGAACAACUUUCCCAACAUGUUCUUCCUCUACGGGCCUCAAGCGCCUACUGCCUUCUCGAACGGACCGAGCUGUACCCAAUUCCAAGCGGAGUACCUUGCGGACACGAUAAAGGGAUUACACGAGAAAAAUUUAACUUACUUUGAGGCAAGGAUUGAAGCGGAGGAGGAUUGGAAUAGGAGGAUGACUGAAGCUUGGAAUAAAUCUUUGUUUCCGCUGGCAAAAAGCUGGUAUCAGGGAGCAAAUAUUCCUGGAAGGAAGGUUGAGCCGCUCAACUGGGCCGGCGGUAUGCCAGAGUACACAGCAACAUUGGCGAGAAGUAAUGAGAAUGACUACCAGGGUUGGAUCGCAGCAUAG